AUGUCUGUUGAAGGGUCCUUUACAUCUGAACAACAACAACUACUCGAAUGGGCAGCACGCUUGGAAGUGGAGUGUCUAAGUCUUAUUGAACUCAAUAAGGAAAAAAAUAAGAAAGUUCAUCUUUCUGAUCACAAGGUAGCUGAGCUAAUAAACAAUGUUAGUGACCAAUUGAACCUGUUACAAGCUUUAAUAACUGAUAUGUCUGGUCAGUUACAAUCAAUUAAAAAACAAAUGGAUGUCUCCGAUAAGCUAACCUCCUCAUUAUACAACAAAAUAGCUGUAUUGGAGAAAAGAAUCAACUCCUUGGAACCCAAGUCCAAGUCGUCCUCCAAAUCCACGGCUCUGGAUUUGGAUAAAUUCUUCCCCUGGGAGAAACUAUCAGCAAUAUGUGACAUGGCCGCUACAGAGUCAACCCGUGACAUUAAAGAGUUUCUUCUGAUCCUUGUUCCCAGAGUGGUGGAGGUGGAAAGAGCAAAUAGAUCUAUUGCUGCUGGCCAGGAUGAAGUGUGUAAUGUUCUACGUACUUUAGCAAGUACCAUGAAGAAAACAGGAAGCUACAAUAACCCCCCAUCUUCUUUUUCAAGACAUAACUUUACUAAAUAA